GUUAGUGCGCGUGAGAGAGAGAGAGCGGGGACUGUGAACCGCAUUACUAUGCCACAGUCCUAAUAACCGCACGCUCGGAAGCCAAACGUGCAAGACAGAUUGACCUUAUCUUGUUUACAAAGAUAACUGAACAGACUGCUACGUGGAAAGAAAGACUCAUGAGUUGGCCGUGUGGAUUUCAGAGACGUUAUGGAUUUGACUAAAAUGGGUAUGAUCCAGCUCCAGAACCCCAAUCACCCCAAUGCCCUGCUGCACAAGGCUAAUCAGAUGCGCCUGGCCGGCACGCUGUGCGACGUGGUCAUCAUGGUGGACAGCCAGGAGUUCCACGCUCACCGGACCGUGCUGGCCUGCGCCAGUAAGAUGUUCGAGAUCCUCUUUCACCGGAACAGCCAACAUUACACUCUCGACUUUCUCUCACCAAAGACCUUCCAGCAGAUUCUGGAGUAUGCCUACACUGCCAUGCUCCAAGCUAAAGUGGAGGAUCUGGAUGACCUGCUUUACGCAGCAGAGAUCUUAGAAAUAGAGUACUUGGAGGAGCAAUGCCUGAAGAUACUGGAGACCAUUCAGUCCUCGGAUGAAAAUGACACGGAGGUCAACAUGAACGACGGAGGCGCAGAAGAUGAGGAGGAGCGCAAGGGACGGCAUGGCAGGAACCCGAAAAAGCAUUCCGUGGAGGAAGGCGGCUACAUGUCGGCUGCCCAGCAAGCACUGAUGCUGCCAGGAAUGGUGGAUCAGAGUCCUUCUGUCUCCACCUCCUUCGGCCUCUCCACCAUGAGCCCAACCAAAGCAGCCGUGGACAGCCUGAUGAGCAUCGGCCAGUCCCUCCUGCAGAGCACCAUGCACCCCGGCGCGGGUGCCGAACAGCCCCUGCAUGGCAACUCCCACCCCAUGAUGGGAGAGAUCAAGACGGAGAUGAUGCAAGUAGAUGAGAGCGGAGAACACGAGAACCCUAAAGCCAUGGAAUCCAGUGCCUCCAGCAACGGUGAGCGCAGCGGAGAGCCUGACAAGAACCGCGAUGGGCCCGGCACCCCUACCAGGAGCAGCGUGAUCACUAGUGCCCGUGAACUGCACUAUGUCAGGGAGGAAGGUGUGGGCGACCAGCAGGCGGAGGUCAACCAGAUGGGCCUGGAGGCCAUGGCAGGGAUGACCGAAAAGCACUUGGCGUCACUCUACGGCAUUCCUCCCAACCACAAGAACGAAGCAAUGCUCUCUAUGCCCGCUUCUAUGGCCUCAUCCUUGCACAUGUCCCCAGCAUUGGCCAUGUCCAUGGACUUCAGUGCCUACGGGGGCUUGCUGCCUCAGAGCUUCAUCCAGAGGGAGUUCUUCAACAAGCUCGGCGAGUUAGCUGCUGGGAUGAAGCCCGACGGCCGCAGCCCGAACGAGCGCUGCAACGUGUGUGGCGCCGAACUGCCUGACAAUGAGACCAUAGAGCAACACAGAUGCUAGUAUUUGUCUAUGCAGCCCACAUACGGCAGCAGCUGGCAGGCACCCAAUUAUGGACAGGCUUUAAAAGCCCCGCUUGAACUGUAAAGAUUUACACCGCCACCCCUCUGAUCUGGAAUCUGCCUUCUGUCCUCACUGUCAAGACAAGAGAUGUAUCGAUUAAAGACUUAACACUAGGUUGCAUCAUGUGUAUUGGACUUGCGCACCUUGACUGCAGCUCUGUAUCUUCAGAGCCUCGCUGACGAAAACAAGUUUGUUGAUUCGUGUAUCAGAGCAGUCCAUCAGGUGAAUUUCGCCACCUAACUCUUAUUUGAUUCGCUUCUGUCUACUCGUAUCUAAGGCAUCACCUACACAGGGUUUGGGUUCGGCACUCGCAUGUAGAAAAUAAGAGACUUUUUGAUUCGCACAUGAAUAAGGAAUAAAAGUAAACGCAGACAGCGCUGCGCCAUAUUAUUAAAGCGAUAGGCAUCUGGCAUGCCCAGUAAAAAGACAUGACGGUUGCUCACAAGGCUUUUUUCACUGAGGUGCUUUUCACUGGCCGCUUUCUUAUCUGCUUUCUGCAACUGGAGAUGGAAGGAUUACAGACAGAGCAGGGCGCUGCAAGCCCACUGCGGUGCCAGGUGGCACACUAACCAUCUGCGAAUAUAUCUGAAGCCAUUCUGCUCCGCCACAGAUGUAGAUGCGCAUAUACGUGCAUCAAAAUCAGAUUUAAACAGUGGCCGUGGUGAUGUAGAUGAAGCGAAAGCCGGCUGGUCGAGAUAAAACGCUGGUGUUUCAUAGAAGGUGGGCUUGUCUUUUUGGCCCUAUUCUUGUCUUGUCUCACUUGUGUGACUGGUCCGAAAUCAGAUUCACUGCUAGUCUGAAUCAGUUCAUUCGGUUGAAUUGAUGGGAAAAUGCUAUAGUUGCUGUACUGCCACUUUACAGAAAAUUAAAG